AACUGCUGCUGGGCCCUGUGGGUCCCGUCGCUGACCGAGCGAAGGCAAGACGAGAAUCGGAGACGGGUCUGUACGGCACGGGAGGUUCUCAAGCGACAUGCGAGGACAUGGAUGCGUGUGUUUGUCAGACGCAGGGCAUGGCUCCGGGAGUUGAAUAUGCGCCGAAGCUCCAGGUGUGGGUCGUUAUCAUCCCUGGUGGUACCAUGCAGGGGCCGUGCCGUCUUUUGCUGCCGAUUGAGGCCAGAAAGGGCUCUGGGCCAGUUCAUCUUCUGCCCCCAUCUCGACAGAGUGGAGAUGAUCGCCUUUGAGCGUCACAUUUGGGAUGCUGAUGUGCAUGUCGGAAUACGGCAGCCAUGGCUCUACAAUUGA